GCCGGAGCAGUACGCGCCGUCCGUUAAGUACUGUCUGUUGGUCUACGCGCGCGUGUGCCGUCGACGACUUGGACUACGAUCUAUUCGAUCCGCAGUGACGCGAGUGAAAAUCGCCAGUGCAUGUUAUAUUAUUAUUGUUUUGUUUUAACGUCCGAUUUUUCGCGUGCCGUUACAAGUGUUGUGUCAACUGUGCGUGUGUCGUGGUUUCGCGUUCGAGCCGCUUUCCGUGAACGGACGUGGUCUGGAAACAGUCACAAGUAGCAGUAACAAAAAGUGACAGGCAACCGUGUCGCGUGUACAUACAAAGUGUCGUGUAGAUGACGUGCUUGGUGUAUCGCGUGAAGUGUCGUAUCGAUUUUUAUAAUAAUAAAUUAUAGUGAAAUCAAAUAAGUGGUGAUAUCGCGUCGGUGUGAGUGCGGUACGCGUCUCGACGACGACGACGAAAGUGCGCGGCGCGUGUGUAGGCUGCGGGACAUGCACCAACGUGGCGACGUUCAAGCGGACGACGAGCAGGCGACCAUCGCGGUGUGGAGCGCGUAGCGGCCGAACCGCGGCGGCGAGCAGCACGCCGUGCCGGGCCGCAACAGUCCAUGCGUGAUAACGCGCGACCUGCACGCGGCUGCAAUGAUGGACCAGAAAUGUGACGUCGGCGGUGGUGGUGUCGCUGCUGCCGCCGCCGGUAUCGGUGGCGGCGGUGUCGGCGGCCUCAUGUCGUACAACCGUGGCCGUGGCGGCACCGAGGUCAUCAUCAAACCCCGUAGUCCUGCCGUGGUGCAGGUGGCCACCGGUGGCAGUUACCACGGCCUGCCGGCGGCCUCCGACGCCGUCAUCGUGCGCAGCCCGCCAGGCGGCCACUUGCCCGGGCCGCAGCAGCAAGUGCCGCCGUCCCGCAACGGCUGUUCCACCCUGUUUAGCGACAUCGCUGGCGUCAAGCGACUCAGGCCCGACGAUUGGUUGGCCGUCAACUCGCCGCCCGCCUCUUCGCCCGGCACGUCGCACAUAUCCUACACAGUCAUAUCGAACGGCGGCGGCGGUGGCGGCGGUGGCGGCGGUGGUUACAACACGUCUCCAAUGUCGACCAACAGCUACGACCCGUACAGUCCGAUGAGUGGAAAAAUCGUCAAAGAAGAGUUGUCUCCGCCAAACAGCCUGUCGGGAGUCAGCAGCCAUUCGGAUGGGUUGAAGAAGAAGAAACUCAACCACACGCCCUCGACCGGUGUCGUCAACACCUCGGCAUCGGGCCCCGGGGGUGGCGUUGGUGGCAAUGUGCUGAACAACCGACCUCCCGAAGAGCUGUGCCUGGUGUGUGGCGACCGGUCGUCCGGUUACCAUUACAACGCUCUCACAUGCGAAGGAUGCAAGGGGUUCUUCCGGAGGAGCAUCACCAAGAACGCCGUGUACCAGUGCAAGUACGGCAACAAUUGCGAAAUCGACAUGUACAUGAGGCGGAAGUGCCAGGAGUGCCGGCUGAAAAAAUGCCUGACCGUCGGCAUGAGGCCUGAAUGUGUUGUACCUGAAGUUCAAUGCGCAGUAAAAAGAAAGGAGAAAAAAGCUCAACGAGAAAAAGAUAAACCAAAUUCUACUACAGACAUUUCUCCUGAAAUAAUAAAAAUAGAACCUACAGAGAUGAAGAUUGAAUGUGGUGAACCAAUGAUAAUGGGCACACCUAUGCCGACUGUACCUUACGUGAAACCUUUGAGUUCUGAACAAAAAGAACUGAUCCACCGACUUGUCUAUUUCCAGGAUCAAUAUGAAGCUCCUAGUGAAAAAGACAUGAAACGUUUAACAAUAAAUAAUCAAAAUAUGGAUGAAUAUGAUGAAGAAAAACAAAGUGACACCACAUAUCGAAUCAUCACUGAGAUGACAAUACUCACAGUUCAACUGAUUGUUGAGUUUGCCAAACGAUUACCAGGUUUCGAUAAACUUGUAAGAGAAGAUCAAAUCACUUUACUCAAGGCUUGCUCAAGUGAAGCUAUGAUGUUCAGGGUAGCAAGGAAGUAUGACAUCACCACUGACUCAAUAGUGUUUGCUAACAACCAGCCAUUUUCAGCUGAUUCAUAUAACAAAGCUGGAUUGGGAGAUGCCAUUGAAAACCAACUGUCAUUCAGUCGGUUUAUGUACAAUAUGAAGGUGGAUAACGCAGAAUAUGCCUUAUUGACCGCCAUCGUCAUAUUUUCGAGUAGGCCAAAUUUACUAGAUGGUUGGAAAGUGGAGAAAAUCCAAGAAAUCUACCUAGAGUCCUUAAAAGCUUAUGUAGAUAAUCGAGACCGUGACACAGCAACUGUACGAUAUGCGCGACUUCUCUCAGUACUUACAGAAUUGCGCACAUUAGGCAAUGAAAACUCUGAGCUAUGUAUGACACUGAAACUGAAAAACAGAGUAGUACCCCCAUUCUUGGCCGAAAUAUGGGAUGUCAUGCCAUAG